AUGCGUAUUGCGUCGGCGCACCUGUCAGUCGUUUAAGAACGCGCGGAUGAGUAGCGCGGACUCCUGCUCAACGGUAUCUAUUGAAAGCGAUCUGUGCGUUACGUGGUUCGAUUAAAAUAUUAGGAUCGCAAUAAAACACGAAAUGACUGUCAAAGAAAAGAUCGCCAUUAGCCACAUCAGCGGCAGCGCUGUCAGCCUCAGUCAAAAUGGAAGCACCGUCACAGAGCCUUACGGAAUGUUUCAAUCUCGGGAGCAGAUCCUGCCUCACACCAAGGGUCAGCUGGAUAUGGAGAACGGAAAGACACGCGACGGACACAAAGUCAGGCAUCCAACUUCAUAUUGGGACACACUACUCCACAUCUUUAAAGGGAACAUUAGUAGUGGUUUGUUGGCGAUGGGAGACGCUUUCAAAAACGGAGGCAUUGUAUUCGCUCCUAUAAUGACAGCUAUUUUAGGAGUCAUCUGCGUACACGCACAACAUUUAUUGUUAAAUGGUUCAGAAGAAAUGCACAGACAGACUAAACAGGAUCGGCCACCAGGGUUUGCCGAAACGGUGUACUUGGCGUUCGCAAAAGGUCCCCUCAGGCUCCGGCCCCUUGCCACCACCAUGAAAAUCGUCGUCAACUUCUUCCUGUGUAUCACACAGCUCGGAUUCUGCUGCGUUUAUAUUGUAUUCAUCGCUAACAAUAUUAAACUGAUCUGCGACCAUUAUGAAGUGCACAUCGACCUGUCUAUUCACAUGAUUAUAGUCGUGAUUCCUGUCCUCCUGGCCUGCAUGGUGCGAAACCUUAAGUACCUUACUCCGUUCUCUACAAUCGCAAACAUCAUGAUGGCAGUCGGAGUUAGCGUCGUUAUUUACCAGGCGACCUUGGAUUUACCAUCGGUUCAUACGAGGAAUUACAUAGCAUCGUGGCAACAACUGCCUUUGUACUUCGGAACUGCUGUCUACGCUUUCGAAGGAAUUGGUUUGGUGCUCCCCUUGAAGAACGAGAUGAAGAAUCCCGAAGAGUUUCAAAAGCCGUUCGGAGUGCUCAACAUCGGAAUGAUCAUAGUGGGCUCCAUCUUCAUUACCGUUGGAUUCCUUGGUUACCUGAAGUGGGGUGAAGGAGUGGCGGGAAGUCUUACCUUGAACUUGGAGCCCGGUCACGUUUUGAGCAACGUAGUGCAAGUCUUGAUAGGCUGUGCUGUUCUGUUCACGUAUCCGCUUCAGUUCUACGUGCCCGUGGGCAUCACCUGGCCGGCGCUGAAGAAGAGAUGCGGUGAAAAAUGUCUCAUUGCCAAGGAGUUGGGCUAUAGGGCUCUAUUGGUGCUUUUGACUUUCAUCCUGGCGGAAUCCAUACCCGAACUGGGCCUAUUCAUCUCCUUGGUUGGUGCUGUAAGCAGUACAGCUCUGGCACUCGUGUUCCCACCGCUGGUCGAGUUGGUCGUGGCCUCUCAGAAGAAAGAAGGACUUUCUGUCUUCAUUAUCGUAAAGGACACUAUCAUCAUAUUAUUUGGAUUAUUCGUGUUCGUCACUGGUACAUUUCAGAGUAUCGCAAGUAUUGUAAGAGCAUUUAGAAUUUAAUUAUUAAUCUCGUAUUGCAGUCUACGAAGUGAUUGUUCAUAAUUUAAAAUUUCAUCGAUUUAUUUAUAAGUAACUUUCAGUGCACCGAAUUUCAAACUAUGUAUUAUAUAUAAUGAGUAUCUAAUAUUUUGGAAAUCACAGAAAUGUAUUGGAUCAAUUACUUUUAGCAAUUUACUAGUUAACAUAAUUAAUUAUUAUACAUAAGCUAAAUAAUAUUAUAGGUGUAAGUGAAGAGAAAGUUUUGAAAUGAAAUUAAUAAAUCACUAAGCCAAAUUGGAUGGAAAACACUAUUCAGUUAGUGAGCUAAGCAUAAAUAAUUGUUGUUUAUGCUCUGUCAAACUGUAACAUGAGGAAAAAAAGCACUGCGCUUUAUUUUUGUUGUUGAUCUUUAAUUCUUAAGUGCAUCGCGUGCAGAGUUUGUAACAUUAGUAAAAUAUUAUAAAAUUAAAUAUGAUUUCAUCAAUGAUCUUUAAGUAUAAUCGCUUUACGAAAUACCAGCUCGACUAAAUGUUUUCGAGAAAGUUUCCAAUACACCCUGUAUAUAAGCGCGGUCAUCGCGUUUUGUCCUGAACAUUUAAGCUUCAGUGACUGGCAACAUAAUUAUUACGAAUUUUAGUAAACUCUGUACUUGCUUAUAUGGUUUAUCCGUAAAAAUAUUUUAUGUAUUAUAUAAUCACACAACGCCUCUUAUAGUUAUAAAAAUAUAGCUCUCAAGCUAUAUUUUUUUCGAUGAUGCAUUAUUUGUUAAUUUUGUAGGUUAUAUAUAUUUAAGAAAACACCAGUAGUUUUUUGUCAGUCGAAUGGGGUAGGUAUCACCAUCCAUCGCCCGGCUCCGACCCCUGCAGGCGGCGGCCUCCCCCCGAUGAAGGUAUUACGAGGGGACCUGAGGGAGCGAGGCCGGACAGGGUUGUCGUUAAGUGUGUGGGCAUCUACCAUCUUUGACGCUGGUCUUUAGCGUCUACAGCUCGGCUCGUACCAUCAUCGACCGACGAAUCCCACAUAUAUCACGCGCCCCCUUAAGUCCGGGAGAGGCAGACGAAGAUAAGGCCCACCUGAUGGGGAGUGGUUACCGUCGCCCAUGGACUUCAGUAAUGCUAGGGACAGAGUCAAGCCGCUGUUAAGUACUCUUAAGUACUCGACGGAGGUUAUAUCUGGAGUAAAAAAAAUCCUAUCACCAUCAAUCAUUUCAAAUGUAUUAUAGUAUAGUGAUGGGGCUGGAGAUAUUCACAUUAUAGUGUCCAUGGGCUCCGGAAGACGCAUAACACCGAUAGGCGUGAGCUUUCCAUGUUUUUCUGCCAACACUUUGAACCAGUCUGUGUAUUUUAAGCUUUUAUUACUUUAAGCGAAUUAUUUUAAGGUGCUGUCUGAUUACAAUUUAACAAAACGUAGUCAUCUUCUUGUCCUUUUCCUACAUUAUGUGGGAUCAGUGAUGAAUGCUCUUUUGUGAUGUUGCAUAUGGAUUUGACAUGUGUUUUACGACCGGCUGCCUGGUUAACGUCAAACCUCGGGUUAUGUCUGCAUAUAUCUAUUGCCACGUGGUACAGUGAGGGACUUCUGUGUCUUCUGUAUGUGCUUCUUUUACCUACUUGAUCCAUAUUUUAUUAUAUGAUUUGAAUUUUAUUAUAAUAAACAUUUAAACUGAAAUUUAGAUUUUCAAACAUCAAAUUAUUAUUUUAUUUUCGUUUAUCUGUGUGUAAUAGUAGAGAUAUGAUUAAGAAAUUCAUUAAGAAAAGGUAGUAUAUGUGAGGAGAUUGCGUAACUAACUGUAAGUGAAAAAAAUGAAUAAUAACUAAUAUUAACUGAAUAGAAUUUAAAUGUUUCAUGAACUCUUUCUUAAAAAAACCUUUUUUAAAACUACUGUCACAUUUUUCCAGAUUAUAUUAUUAUGUACUCCAAAGAUAUUUGCGUCAGUAACUUUUAAAUCGAUUUCGGUGUAUGAGCAUAAACCUCUAUAUUAAUAAAUACCUUCAUGAAUAAGAAGCAUGUGCAAAACUCAUUUCAUAUUGUAAUUAGAUAGCGUCUUAAUAUAAUCCAUAUCAUAUAUUUUUAACAUAGGUGAUUACGUAAGUUGCAAGUUACCUAUUUAUGUGUUUUUAUUUUAAGAAUAUUAAUGUUUCUAGAAACAGUCUAGAAAAUUCUGUGAUUAUACUUAUGUACGUAAAUUUAAAAUAAAGAACUUUGUGAUUGUAAACAAUGCAUUGAUUGCAUUUUAUUGAUUAACAUGGGUAUUUCUAUAAUUUUAUGCAACUAUUUAUAACUGAUGUGAUUAAAAAAUUCGUCAUUGGCAUGACCAAUUUAAUUUGUAUCAUUUAAGUCGGCUUGUUCCGACUAAUUGUGUAGUGAUGAGUAAUUUCUUUCAUCACCGAUGGUUUUUAGUGGUAUCACGGCUUUUGAGCCGAUGAUAGUACAUGAAUAAAGGUGGUAAGUUUAAAUGGAAACGUGUUCCUAAAAUUAUUAUACACAUGCCAAUUUUAGAUAAAAAUGCACAUUAAUCGGGACCUAAGACCCUGUUAGUAUAUUAGUAACUUUGAAUUUCGGGUUUGCUUUGAUUAGCAUGAUGAGGACCCACCGUUUUUGUGCAAAAUUUAGUUUAUUGUAUUACUAAUACUGCUUCGACAUCCUCGACGGACUUGAUUCACGAACACCCGUAUCGAGGAGUAGGGGUCGUUCAUAAUAGGUUCUGUUCUAUGCAAGAUUUUCCACCCAUACGGCAACCAGCGCAAAUUUAGGUUAGUUUUUUAUUUGGUAUCAAACUGAUAUUGUAAGAAAUAUAGGUUAUUUUCUGUAAUUUAACGAUACGAAGGACAACAAUUAACUGUGAUACAGAUUGUUAUGCUGUAAUAAAGAUUUUAUAAUAG